AUGGGUGAUCAUAACAGGAUUGAACAACUGCAAUUUGAAGAUAGACAAUCUAAUAUGAAAAAAAAUAAGAAUUCUACAAAAACUGAAAGUCGAUUCAAGUUUAAAUUUGAAUUUUUAAAGAAAUUACCUCAUUCAGUAUUGUCUCAUACUGCAAUUGAAAAAGCACGAGCAUUUUUUCGCUGGUCAGAACAUAAACAUCAUGAUAGUAGUAAUACUAAUGACCAAUCAUCAUCAUCUAAUCAACCGCAUACUACCGUUAAUAAUAAUCUUUCUUCUUGUAUUAAUUCCACUGUUAUUAAUGAAAACACUCGCAAAAAUGAUGCAUCAUUAAAUCCAAUAACUCCUAAAACUCAUUUUUCAACAUCAAACAUGAUUAGAGUUGAUAAAGUCAAUCCUAAAGAUAUGAUUAGUCAUGAUAUUAUUUAUAAUAAUCGAAGUGAUUAUAAAUUAUCAUCAAAUUAUUUUCCAAAUAAUAAAUAUAAACACUAUAUAAAACCAUCAUUAUUAAUACCUAAACAAUAUUAUAAUGAUAUAUUAAAUAAACGAAAUCAAUAUUAUUUCACAUCUAUCAAUAAAUAUGACUUACGUCCAGGGUCAUCUCCAUCAACAUUAAGUCAAAAUUCGACAUGUUCGAAUCGCCUUUAUUCACCCUAUAAUUAUUUGACUCCUUGUAAUGAAACUUUAUCAUAUGAUCAAUUGCCUAUUUCGUUGUAUAAUUAUCGACCCCAUGCUUAUCGUGAAAUAAAACCUUCAUUAAAUGAACCAUACUUUCGAUCUAUAUCCUCUAUAAUACAACCACUACCGUCAUCAUCAUCAUCAAUGUUAACAUGGAAUCAAUGUGUUCGUCGUCUUAAUACAGAAUAUAAAUUAACAGUAAUUGCACUUCAACAAGCAAAAGAAUGUUUAGAACAAGCUUAUUUAAAUCCAAAACGAUCGAUUUCAAAAUAUGCUAAUUUAGUAGCACGUGAUAUUAAGAAUUUAUCAAAUAAUGAAAGAAAAAAACCAACUAAUGUUACAUUCUGUUUGCCAUCAUCAUCAUCAUCAUCAUCUUCGUCAAUAAAUGAAAAAUUUCCUCCAUCUUUAAAACCAAUAAGACGAAUUGAACAAAACAAAAAUUUUUCAACUAUCAUUCCUUCGAAAUCUAAAUUUAUCAAACCUGUUGAAUUAAAUACAUUUUCAUUAUCAUCAAAAUUAGAACCUGUAUUAGCUAUUUUUGAAAAUAAUGAAAAAUUAGAGUCUAUUGAUACUAUUAUUAAAAAGUUGAAUGAUCUUAAUGGUUCUUUAUCAAUGACUAAAAUAGAAUCUCCAACUAUUAUUCAUAAAAAUCAUUCAUUAUCAUCAAAAGUCGAUGUUAGUACAACUAAUUCUGAUGUUAAUGUUAAACCAUCAAUAUUUACUUGUGAUGUAAAAGAAAUUUCAGAUCAAUCCCUACAAUCAUCAUCAACAGAUUCAUUUAUAAUACAUGAAAAAUAUCAAUUAGAAAAUUCUCUACAAGAAGAAGAAACAACAUAUACAAUAGAAACAUUUUAUCAAAGUACAGAUCAUAAUGAAAAUAAUUCAUCAUUAAAUAAUCAACAUGUUGUUAUCAUUGAAGAAAAUACAACUGAAGAACAAUUUAAUUUAGCACGUAAAAAACAAUAUCAAGAAAUACCAACAAAUUGUACUUCUACUCAACAUACAAUAACAAUAAAUGAAUCAAAACUUCCAUCAUAUUUUAAUUCACAUUUAAUUUCAUCACAAAAUGAAAAUUUACCUUCGAUUGAAACAUCUUCGAAUUGUUUAAUUAAGAAUACAUCAUCUAGUAGUACAACAUCAUCAAGUAGUACUACUUCAUCUACUCUUUUCGAUAGUCAUAACAAAAUUAAUACUCCUUCUAUACACUUAACAAAUAAUAACAAAUCAAUUUUACAAAUACAAAAACGUCCAACAACAAUAAAAACGAAUAUUCCUUAUUUAAAACAACCUUCAAAUAUUAUCGUUUCCUCAACUAAAUUAAAACCAUUAUCUUCAAAGAUUGUUAAUAAUAAUACAAACACAUCAAUACGAAAACCAACAAAAAUUCAAUCUCAGUCAUCAUUUACUACAAAAAAACAAUCAUCAAUAAAUAGUAGUCAACUAAAUGAAUCUCAAAAUAGAACAAAUCCUCAAUCUUCUGUUGGUAGAAAUCGUGUCAAAUCAAUAGUGAAUCAAAUCAAUGUAAAUGCAUCAUCUCAUUCAAUUGUUCCUUCAUCAAAAACUACCAAACGAACUCACUAUUCUGUUUCUAUUCAACCAACAACAUCGAUCAAUAAAAAUAUAAUUCAUAGAAAAUAA